AUGAUUGUUUCACACGCCUGGGCAACUCAGACAGUUGUCCAUCUGCCCUUGUGUGUCUCCCUUGACUGGCCGACUUAUGUCUCGGCCGGGCAGUGGCACUGGCAAGAUGAGCGCGGUUGUCGGCAUCAGCAUUUGCGGCGAAGUUUGGCUAUUUUGACGCACAUAUAUGUUGUGCUUUGCCCAUGGGUGGAUGAUUGCAGCAUGUCUGUAUUGGCGUGGACUUGA